AUGUUUUGGAUCGUCCUUAACUUCAUAAUUCACAAUAAUCUGUGCCACAUGAAUUGUGAUAACACCCGGGUCUAUGAGCUCACUCAGCUUGAAAUAAAAGGUGUUCCACCAGGAAAAACAGUUCGUUGGACUUUAAUAAAGGAUGGUGGUUCAGAAUCAAGUGCUGAUACAAUAAGGCAGGAAGAUACACCUGAGGAAAUAUUUAUCAUAAAGGAGAAUACUUUGGAUCGUAAGAGCAGUUAUAGAAUAAAAGCACAAGUUGAUAAUACAUAUAGUGAAAUAGAGUUAAUAACAGUAUCACCACCAUCAAAUGGAAAUUGUGAAAUAAAUCCGAAAGAUGGCGAAAGAGGAUAUACAUCGUUUGAUAUAUCUUGUUUUGACUUUAAAUCAUCUGUCGAUUAUGGAGAACCACUGCAAUAUGAUCUUUAUCAAAAAGUACUUAGCAAAAAAUUUUCAGGAAAAUUUGAAAACUUUCUUAUGUCAUCUUCCAAUAUGCCAAAAACUACAGGUCUUCAGUUAAUAAGUGAAGAAAUAGUAAUCAAAGUUAGUAACUCCUUUGGAGACAGUGUCACUAAAACUCUGAAUGUUCAAUUGACAGAACCAGAAAUUAAUAAAACGGAAAUAGAUAAUUUUGUAUUCAAAGUUCAAGAAAAUGUUAGAAAUUCUGAAAUAGAAAAAGCGAUCUCAAGCAUUUAUGUGGUUGCUGAUUAUAUUAGCAAGAUGUCGCCAAAAUCAAAAAUCAUCAACACCUUGAUAGAAAACAUUGCAAAGAUUCCACUCCUUAAAGUAUUGGAUGCAGAACAAAUUUCUGAGGGGCUCCACUAUCUCUUAUAUCAAAUCGUUCACUAUGAUUCAAAAUUACUGAGUGCCACAGGUGUCAAAACAAGUGCUUCAAUAUUGAGAAAGGUGACCACUUACAUCAAAGACUUGUUCGCAAAAAAUAAUUUUGUGGACAUGGAAGAUGUGAAAGGAUUGUCAAGGUCUCUCAUAGGUUGUAUAAAUUCUUUAAUUUCUACUAAAAAUAAAUAUUUUCUUGAUAAAAGUAAAAGUAUAGAACAGUAUGAAUAUAGCUAUCAUCGGUACCUUCGUGCUUCAACUGACCUUAUUAAAGCCAUUGAUGGAUAUAGUAAUAUGGUGUUUAAAUACAUGGUGCCAUGCCAAAAACCAAUUAUAAUUGAGGAAGAAUUAAUGGUAACACAUUUGGUGAUUGAAAGGAUGAACAGGUUGGUGUUAUUGCCAUCAAUUGAACCUUCUAAAACUAACUCUGCUUACAUAAAAUUUGAUCCAGAACUCUCCAAUUCUUAUGCGGGAAAGGAUAUUGAAGUUCAGGUCACUCACUUAAGGGAAAACUGGUUCUGGUGGGUUAAAUGUGAAUUGCCUAUGGAUUCUGAACAUCUUAAUGUUGUAUUAAAUGUUCAUAAUGGUAACAAAAUAUCAUCCCUCAAACAUCCAGUUCAUAUUUAUUUGAAAACAAAGCCUUCAAAUGACACACCUAUAAUAGGAGAAGUAAUGCAGCCUGAUCCAUUUUUGUCUUCAGAAAUAAAAGAUUUGUUGGUUAAAGUAUUCACAAUGGAUAAAAAGCAAAAAGGAGGUGGGAAAAUGUACCUGGAGUGUCCUGAUUUAUUAAAUGUGGAAUUGGAUGUUUUAAUAUUGGUCGAUGAAUACCCAGACUAUGAUAAAGUGAGAGGUCAAGGUAAAACACUAAGUAGCCAAGAUUAUAAAUAUGAAAGUGGAUCAAUGGCUGGUACAGGCCCUGAGUCCAUGAUAUAUCUUGGGAUUCUUCCUAGUUCAAAGCAUUCGAUUGGAGAGCUUGUGCCAUUUACAUGUUACAUUCAUGAUCAGUUCUGUCGUACAUGGUCUAAAGAAAACUGGGAUGUUAAAUUUUGUGAGAUUGGACCUGAAUCUACAAAUGAACUCACUCAUUGCCGUUGCGAACAUCUUUCUAUGUUUGGCUCUUCGUUGUUAGUACCACCCAAUAAUUUGCAUCCAGUCAAUGAUAUAAUCUUGCUUAUAACCAUAAAAGAUAAUCCAUAUGUUUUCUCAUUUGUUAUCCUAUUGUUAUUGAUUUAUUUUGCAUUAUUCAUUUGGGCAUGGCGAAUGGACAGAAAAGACAAAAAUGAGAGAGUUGUUCGUUUACUGGUUGACAAUUUCCCUGGAGAAGCUUAUGGCUAUUUAUUGGCAGUUUUCACUGGUGACAUGACUAUGUCUGGUACAACUGCUCAUGUUGGUGUGAAAAUCUGUGGUUCAAACAGUGCAAGUCAUACUCAUAUUUUGAACCAUGAUAAAGAUGUUCUUCAGUUAGCCCAGGAUAAUUGGUUUUUAAUUUUUACAGAACAAUAUUUAGGAAAUAUUGAAUGCUUACGUGUUUGGCAUGAUAAUUAUGGCGCCUCACCCGACUGGUAUUGCAAAAAAAUUAUUGUAUAUGAUCUAAGCACCAGGGACAAAUACACAUUUCUUGUUGAGAAAUGGUUGAGUGUUUAUUCUGUUGAAAAGGAUUGGAGGCUGGAAUGGAUACUUGUACCGGUUAGUCUGCAGGAAACUGAAUGGCAAAAUUUAGCUAGAGAAAACUUCUUUGUUAAUCUUCGAGAGUUGCACCUUUGGAUUAGCAUAUUCGUUAGGCAUCCCAAAACAGCUUACACAAGACUUCAGAGGUUGACAGUUGCUAUGUGUGUCAUUAUUGUUACCAUGCUGUUAGCCAUAAUGUUCUAUGGAGCUGCAGAGAACAUAGCUGCAGAUGACCCUACAUAUUCACUUACAACAAGGGAGAUGGUUGUAGCAAUAGAAUGUUUAUUAAUAUCACUACCAGUGUCAAUAAUUGUUGCAAAUUUGUUCAAAUGUAGUAGGCCAAAACCUGCAAAAAAAAAUGAUGAAAAUAACAGUCAUAAAAGAAAACGAAAAAUAGGUGAAAUAAUGUCAGAUUUUGUAAAGGGUGUUCUAACAUUGGAUCCUCUAAUGCCAGUUGAAUUAUCAGAAGAUGAAUUUCCAGAAGCUGAUAAAGAUUCUAAAAAAAGAAAGAUAAUUUUGGUUAUUGCCUGGACUUUCAGUUUCAUUAUAAUAUUUGGGUGUAGUAUUUUUCUCAUACUUUAUGGAUUAAAACUCGGGCCCAAUAAAAGCUUAACCUGGGUCUCAGUUACUUUACUGAGGUUAGGUCAGACAAUCUUCAUUAUUCAACCAAUCAGAAUAGUUGUGAUUGCACUUCUUUUCACAUUCCUUUUCAAGGAACACAACAGAAAUAUAAUGUUAUUUUCUAUAGAAUACAAAGGUAUUGACAGCGCCUUGAAAGAAGAUAAUACUUAUAUGACAAACUUGAUGGAACUUCGUUCCAAACCAAUGUAUAAUCCUUUAAGCCAAUUGGAUGUCAUGAUGCUAGCUAAGAAGAGGAAAAGAACAGAACAACAAAAAUGGGGAAUAAUUAAUUUUCUUUUUAUUUGUGUUUUAUUCUUUUCACUAUGGAUUUUGACCUCAGGAUCUGAUAAUAGCGUAGCCUAUUAUAGCACUGAACAUUUAUCCUAUCUGAUUAGGUCUCCUGCUUCUAUUACAGAUUUUGAUAUAGAUGAAGUGUACAAUAAAUCAAGAUUCUUCGAAUAUACUGUUAAAACUUUCCUUCCUUCUCUUCAUACUACUAAGUGGUAUAAUGGAAUGGAUUUACCUGUUGAAAAUGAAGAAGUGGAUUUACCACCACCUAAAUUGAGAGGUUGGACAAACGAUUUUUCAAGUAAAAUACUAGGAGUUCCAAGACUGCGCCAGCUAAGAACUAUCAAAGGAACCUGUCUUGUCCCUGAAGAAUUUCAAUCCCAUUUCGAACAUUGCAUCUCUCCUUUUUCAACUUCAAUUGAAGACAAAUACACUUAUACAAAACAAUGGUCUCCUGCUUCUUUUGAUGGAAAUGAAGAACUUUGGUUUUAUUCUUCUGCUGAAACUUCGGAGACACUUGGAAUGUAUGGUGUAUCAGGAUAUUAUUACCCAGGAGGAGGAUACAUACAAAACUUGACAACAAAUUUGCAAGACUCUACUGAAAAAGUCUUUAAAUUGAAGAUUGAAAAUUGGUUUCGACGAACUUACACGGGCAGUAUUUAUUGAAUUAAAUAUAUAUAAUGCAUUCAGCAAUUUAUUUUCUCAAGUAACAAUUAUUAUUGAAAAUCUAGCCAGUGGCGUCAUUGGAACAAGAGUUUAUAUUGACACUGCUUAUCACCAGUUUUAUCUAGAAACUCUUGAUAUUCCUUUUUUAAUCGCACUUAUCAUCUUCAUAGUGAUUCUAAUAUUUUCCCUAAUGAGAGUUGUCAUACAUGUUUCAGUUCAAGGAAUGGGCCCUUUUCUCAAUUCUUGGGGAAAUGUUAUUGAUAUACUAAUAAUUUUUUUUGGAUUUUCCUGUGUAAUAGCAUAUUUGAUUCGGGUUUCAUACUUUAAAAUGUAUUCUGACUUUUAUGAACAAACAGUAAAUGAAGUAUAUAUUAGCUUUACUUAUCCCUUUUAUCAAGAUGAUCUUGGAUCAAUUCUGUUGUCUAUUCUUAUUGUUAUAACUACCGUGAGAUUAUUACAACUGGCACAUUAUGGUAAAUAUUAUUACAUUUUACGCAGUACCAUAAAUCAGACAAAGCUAUAUGUAUUCUGCAGUUUAGUACUUAUAUUAUUCUUUACCUCUCUGCUUUCUUUGGUAGCAUAUAUUACUGAAAUGCAAAACUAUCGCAUGUUUUAUACUUUGAUUGAACCCAAAGUUAAUUUUUUUAACGAGGAGGAAUUUAGUGGAAAGAAUAUUUUAUUCAAAAUUGCAUUAAAUUUGAUUUAUUUCAUUGGUGGAAUGUUCAUAACUGCUGUUUUCAUUGUCUUUUAUGCCAAAUCAAAAUUUUAUUUUAUCACCGUAGGGAGGGUGGAAGCAUACUCAAAUCACUUCCGUUAUCUUUUCAAAAACGUUCAACAAGGAAUAACAAAAAUAUUAAUGGAUGAUAUAGAGUUGCGUAUUCAACAGGGAACUGCAACUAGAGAAGAAAAAAAUAAAUAUAGAAGAAAACUUUAUGAUGCGGCUAAACAAAGAGUCAUCCGUGAUUACCAAAUAAAAAAGUGGGAGGCUGAAGACAUAAUGGCAGAUUUCAUUAAUGCAUCUAAACGCCAUAAAAAAAUGUGUGAUCAAAUAGAUCAAAUUAUGGAGUUAAUAGAAUAAAAUAAUAAAAAACAUCAUCAAAAAAUCAAGUGAACUUGGUUGCAAAUAUCUAAAAGAUAUAUUGUUAUGUUUUAAUAAAUUUAAAGAAAUUAUAUUUUAAAGUUAUUUUUGUAAAUAAAUUAAUAAAAUCUAAUAUACAGAUUUUCUUUUUACAUACUGUUGUAGUUAACACAUCAG